AUGCGCAUCAGUCUAAGUGCUAAGAACAAACUAGGCUUGGUCGAUGGAACCAUUGACCCCCCCCCCGCUGAAACAGAUAAACAAUUUGCAUUGUGGCAACGAUGCAAUGACAUGGUCCUUGCAUGGAUCCUGAAUUCUGUGCAUGAGGACAUCGCAAGCAGUGUCUCCUACUACACAUUAGCAGCAGAUAUGUGGGCCGACUUGCGUGAUCGCUUCUCCCAAGGGAACGAUUCACGUGUUUAUCAAAUUAAGAGAGAAAUUGUUGAGCACAGACAGGAGCAACAAUCAAUCUCAGUCUACUACACGAAACUGAAGGCCUUGUGGGAUGAACUGACGUCCUAUCAUGAGCCCCCGACGUGCACUUGUGGGGGUUUGAAGAAGAUUAAUGAACGUGAUGAAAAAGAAAGAGUGAUGCAGUUCCUCAUGGGGUUAAAUGAAUCCUAUGCCGCAGUACAUGGGCAGAUCUUGUUGAUGCAGCCACUCCCAGACACUUGGAAAGCAUAUUCUCUUGUCUUACAACAAGAGAAGCAAGUGGAGGUAUCUCUCACUCGUCAUAACAACAAUUUGCAUGCUAUGAAUGUGACAAGCAACAGGGAACUUGCUGCACAACGAGGUAAUUCUUCCCUUAAAUGCUCAUAUUGUGAUAAAAAAUAUCAUACCGUAGAUCGAUGCUUCUACCUCUACGGCUUUCCACCAGGGCAUAAAUACCAUGGCAAAAAGGUGACUCCUCCAAACAGGAAGAAACAUGUGGCCAACCAAGUGAAGACUGGCGAUGAAAUUGCCAAGGUCACUGAUCAGCAUCACCAUGGAACCACCAGUGACGGGCCCAAGUUCACUACUGAAGAAUACAAUCAAAUCAUGGCCAUGCUCAAGAAAACCAACCUUGAUGGUAAUCCACAACAUUUUGCAAACGUCACAGGUACACUUACACCCUCGUCUAAUACAUCAGAAGCCUUAUCACAGAAAACCCUAUAUUGGAUCAUUGAUAGUGGGGCAACGGAUCAUAUAUCUCCUUCACCUCACUUGCUUGACAAGAAAUUCAUGUCUGAUUCUGUACAAUUGCCUAAUGGGGGAAAAGCCAGUAUAGAGUAUGUUGGUUCUGUCCAAGCCACUUCUCUUAUUAAACUUGAUGAUGUGUUACAUGUUCCCAACUUUCGAGUCUAUUUAUUAUCCGUUAGCAAACUCACCGAGUCUCUACAAUGCAUAGUGAUUAUCUUUCCCACCUUUUGUGUGAUACAGGACAUGGAUACGAGGAGGACGAUUGGCCUGGGCAAGCGAUAUAAUGACCAAGCAAGUUCCAACUAUCAUGUUUGA